AAAAUAUGGACCUGUCUUUGCGCUGCAACUCGCUCAAAUGCCGGACACGUCUCAACGACAGAGCCGUGGUCACAACGUGCAGCCAUGCUCGAACUCUCUCGGGCUUUCCAGCUCAUCGAACGGACUUCGCGUAUGCCCUGCCUGCGACGCCCAGCUUGCAAACCCAGAUGAUGCCGUCUCUACACAGCUCAACCCGACUGAAGACUACAAGACAAGCGUCCUCAGCGGUCUCAGUCCGACAAUCAUUAUGGAAUGCUGUAGCCGUGGAAUUGCAUUCUACCAAUACCAAAAGCAGCNNAUGUAUCACGACUACAUGGCCAAGAAUUUGGCAGACAGAUACGCCAACCUCAACUCUCAAAUGGACAAUGUCAUCAAGGAUGCCAAUUCGGAAAUUAGCGGUCUAAGAGACAGACUGGAGNAAGCUGACAAUGUAGGAAUGCAUCUGGAGAAGAAGACGCUCGAGCAGAAGAAUCAGGAACUGGUCAACGCGUUCAGCGAAAAGAGCAAGGCCCACCAGCGACUGACCAAGCUAUACCAACGAGCCAAAGGCACCCAGGAAGCUGAGCAGAUGCGACACGCCGCUGCGGACGAUGUAGACCAUGUGAUCCAGACGAUACAAGGACCUGGAUACAGUGAAGUGCUUCGAGACAGGACACCUCAAAGACCGGUUUCGAUGCCCAGAAGAGGAGGUGGCCAAGAUCUGCCUCAGGUGUACAGUCAUAGCAGAGUGGGCAGCUACGGCGGUAACAAAAACCAGAUGUGGUCAAGUCAGAACUCUCGCGGAGGUNCUGGGUGUUUAGAGCUUUCGCAAAACACUGGCUCGCCCUCGCUAGUUUCUAGCAUGCCAAAUUAUGGCCUCAGACCUCCAGCAUCCGGUCAAAGACAAGCAACACCAAAUCGCCAGCCUUUGAGUGAGAUGCACCGCAACGCGACAAGCAGUCAAGGAUUUGGCAGCUAUGGCAGUGCCAGCGGAGGGGGCGUCAAAGUUGGCGGAAACAUGGAGCAGCAACGUCCUCAAAUCGUCAACCGUAGUAUAUCACGGGUGCUGCAUCGA